AUAAAAGGAGAGUGAGCGCUCUCGUAUUCUCCCUCCACCAGACGGUGUCAGACAGAGAAACAAAAUGGAUCCAAACACAACAAUUUUGCGGGUCAAGAGAAAACGGGGAACCGACCCCGCAGACGCUCUGCUGCUUGCGUGCAAGCGAAUCCGACCGGAAACGUCCCAGACCUCCGGUGAGACGGUACCAGAGCCCAACGAGGCGGAGGUGGAAAAGUCUGUCUUCAAACUCGUGGCGACUGUAGCGACACAGGAUGCUCCUGUUCAGACGCAGGUCCGACAGGCUUUGGCUCGGCCUCGCGUGGCCCAGGCAUUGCGCUCCUCUGCCGCCGCCACUAAACGGAUAACCGGGCACCUACGGACCAUGAAGUGGAGCACCCGCAGGGAGGAACGCUACAGGAUACUGUCCAACCACCGCACAGGCCUGUUGGGUGCAGCAGAGCAGGAAAGCCCUCAGACUGAUGCUCCUGAGGGAGCAGGGGAUUCUGGGAAAGAGGAGGAUGAGUGCUGGGGUAACAUCCAGGUGGUUGAUCUCUUACAUGAAAAUGAAGAGGAGCAGGACAAAUCUUCUGGCAAGAUGUCCUCAGAUCCGGAGAUGAUCAUGUGCAACAACACAAAGAUGCUGCGCGAGCGUCUGAGCAUAUGUGAAGAGAGACGAGGGAGUGAACAGCAGGAGCAGGACAAGGACUUUGUCUAUGAUCUUUACUACCCGGAAACGGUCAAUCCAGGCUGGAUCCAGGACAUCCUGUCUGUCAGGGCCUAUGCUGACGAGGGAGAACUGGUACCUGACCUUGUGGUUCAUGAAGAGGAGGUGUAUGAAGAUGAGGACGAUGAAAACGAGGAAGGCAACUGGAGGAACGACUACCCCGAUGAGGAUAGUGACAUGGGCAGUGACAGAGAGGAGCGCUAUGGUGGUUACUGGGAGGAGGAGCACUCGUACAGCCGGAGGAGUUGGGAGCACUACAAGAGUGAAGUGCUGCAUGAACAGGACUGUCCUGGUGGAGACGAGGAGGAGGAGGAAGAUGGGGACAAAUAUAAUUCCGAUUGAUUUAUCCCUUAACCCAUUCCUGUAUGUGGAUCUUCCAGUGCCCUCUGCUCGUGUAACAACAUACCCCUCAGACGUCUGUGUAGGUGAGAGAUGGAGGGAAACCGCUGCUAGAAUGGCACAUGAUUUUGAAACAUG